GUCACACUGCUUCGGUCUUAAUCAUUCAUAUAUUUAAGUAUUUUUUACUAAACAAAAGCAGCAAACAAAAGCAAAAAGUGUUAAGUCAACCGAGAUAAACGUGAACCAAACCGGCCAAAGACCCCGAAAGGUUUCCUCACCCACAGCGCAGGAAAGUGUGUGUGAGUGCAAGGGAGCAGGCGGCAGGUCAAGCGACAGGGGCAAGAAAAUCUCUUUUUGCAAGUGUCGCUGUCGCUAUAGAAAAAAAGUGAAAGAAAUUGUUAAAGUGAGCCUGGCAGACAUGUCUUCAACUCCAGCAGCGGCAGCAGCCGCAGAAGUGGCCACCUCCAGCGCCAGCUCUAAUUCCAGCGCCUCCAGCACAGCCAGCACUGCCAACAGUCAACCCACAUCCACCGGACCAGCGCCGCCGGCCCGUGGUGGAAGAGGCUCCAAUGCCAACGGUGGCGCCUCGGGCAGCAACUCGGGGGGCAAUGACGAGCCACGCAAAGAUGCCAAGCCGACGCCUCGAAUAUCGAAGGCGCUGGGUACCUCGGCCAAGCGCAUACAGAAGGAGCUGGCCGAGAUCACACUGGAUCCCCCACCGAACUGCAGUGCUGGCCCGAAGGGCGAUAACUUGUACGAAUGGGUGUCCACCAUCCUAGGUCCGCCCGGGUCCGUGUACGAAGGUGGCGUGUUCUUCCUCGACAUACACUUCUCGCCGGAAUAUCCAUUCAAGCCGCCCAAAGUCACAUUUCGCACUCGCAUCUAUCACUGCAAUAUCAAUAGCCAAGGCGUCAUAUGCCUGGACAUACUGAAGGACAACUGGUCGCCAGCGUUGACCAUAUCCAAGGUGUUGCUGUCAAUUUGUUCCCUGCUUACAGACUGUAAUCCAGCUGAUCCACUGGUGGGCAGCAUUGCUACGCAAUACUUGCAGAAUCGAGAAGAACACGAUCGAAUUGCGCGUCUCUGGACAAAGCGGUACGCAACAUGAUGCGUAAGUUUUUGCAAAACACUUGUACCACAAACCGAAAACUGCAACCACAAAAAUGAAAAUUCGCAUCUUGAUAAGGAGAAACUCUAUUUUAUAAAUAUAUAUUACACUAUGCUAAACACUAAACCUAAAUUAACAGUAACAGUAACAGUAACAGUAAAAGUAACAAUUACCAUACGACACAGGGACGUGUAACUCAAACAGUAACCGCCAAGAGCCAGAAAUAGUCGAUUCCUUUAAGCCUACAAAUUGUAAAAAAAAACAUUUGAAGUUUUCUAAUGUUGUAUUUAUUUUGGUCGCUUGGAAACCACACAAAAUUGAGCAAAAAUAACAGGAAAAGUCAUCCAAAAUCCAAACACACUGCACUGUCAUUCAACUGCAUAAAUAUAAAUACAAUUAGUCUACUUCAUAUGUGUACAGUGUUAAGUGGAAAGGAAGGAAGCUAAAGCUAAAUACAAGUAAAAAGAGAGAGCGUAUUUUAAUGCGUAAAAACCUAUAGAAAAAUCAACAUCAGGUCAGGGUCAGGGUCGGGUCAGCAGAUUCAGUAGCCUCUUUUUUAAAUCGCAAAAGGACCGCAACAAAAGCAAAUUCUCAACGACAAAAGACUAAAACAAAAACGAUUUAUGUAUACAAAAUUUAAGACAACUUUUCCAAAUUCCAAAAAAAAGAAAAAUAAUCAAAUUUUUGUUAUUUAUAUAAAAAAAACUAAAUUCGGUUUAAUUUUUAAUGUGAUAUCUGUAAGCGUAUUAUAUUUGUUCUUUUUGGCCAACUGUUUUCCAGUAAAAAUGAAAGACUUAACACCAUUUUUUGAGCUGCCGCAACAACUGUCAUUUCCUUGCGGUACUUUAAACUUAAAAACAAAAUCAACUACGAGCAUAAUUAGCAGCAGCAAAAUCGAAAAAAAUAUAUACAGAAACAGACGACAACCAGCUUCCUAUUAUUUUGUAGUUUUAAAGACCAACCACAAGAGUCAAAGAAUCAAUGA